UCGGCACUCUAGGUUGAUAUGAUCUGAAACAAGGGCUUGAGUCACUUUCGCUUCCUGCCUAAUUUCUCCAAAAUAAGGAAGCUGCAAAGCUCAGAGCCCUCAGAGCUCAACUGCUCCUGAGAGUGUCGGAGCCACCAUGGGACCCCGCGGGGACGUGCGUCCAUUGGGUGAGUGGAACAAAGUCCAUGGGCUGGACUCAGGGGUGGGGCCCGGAGAGCCCAGAGGGGUCCAUGUGUCCAUCUGCACGAGAGCAGGAAGGUGUGUGCUCCAGCGGGGGAAGACACAGCUGGGCUAGCGCUCGUCUAGCUGCGUGCUACACAGAGAAGUGUCCGAACAGAGGGGGAGGGGGCUAGCUGCCCUGAGUGCCUACCAGUGGCCUUGGACAGGGAUGUGGUCGGGACAGGGAGCCUCCCCUGUUACUUGCCCAAACAUGGCCACACUUCUCUUUCUCACACGCCAGCUGCUCAGAGCAAGCCCAGUGUUUCUCAUCGUGGUCCUUGUCCCCCCUCUGCCUCCAGGGAGCACUCAAGGCUCAAUGGAAUCUCAUGGCAGCCUGAAGGAAAAAGUCCCCAUGGCAGACCGAGUCAGGCUUGCAGUGUACCCUCAGCCUCAUGCUACUUACUGCUUCAAGAGACUUCAGGAAACAGGUGCCUCUGAGAUCUGCCCUGACCUAAUCUGCCCGUCAAAUGCCACGUGUGUGAACAGCACCCACUGCGCCUGCCUGGAGGGAUUCCAGUCACGAGGGAGUCGCUUCUUCAACGACACAUUGGAGACCUGCGAUGAUCCGAUGUCAGGAUGGGUUCACAGUUCUUUCCGGCUCGUGGUUCCCUGCAAGGCUGCUUCUGAGAUCAAAAAUUGAUCUGAAGACAAAGAUGGAAGGUGCCACAUGGCACUUAUAUCCCUCUACUGGCAUCUUCUUGGCUGCAGCAGGUCACCUGGUCAGUGGCCCAUCCCCAUGUUCCAUGCUGGUAACCCUUAGGUAUCAGUCACAUUCCUGAGAUGUGUAUUGGCACCCAGGGCCGGACAGAGUCAUGGGC